AUGUCAAUCAUUGGCGAAAGUAAGCUCGGGGUAGACUAUCUGACCGUUGAGUCGAGUUUCGGCUCGGUAAAGGGGUUCAUCAACAAAGACUACCCCAAUGUUGCCCAGUUUCUCGGCAUCCGCUUUGCUGAGCCUCCGACCGGCCCCCGCCGAUGGCUGCCGCCCGUUGCCAAAGCUCCGGCCGAUCACAUCGACGCAACGGAGUUUGACGUCCCCGAACUUCGGAUCAAGGAUGGCACCUCAGAGGACUGCUUGUCGCUAUGUAUAUAUGUCCCGGAAAAGGCGGCAAAGGAUCCUAAAUCAGCAAAAUUGCCCGUGAUCGUAUGGAUUACUGGCGGUGCAUUCCUCGUUGGUGGCAACACCAUCCCGUAUCAGAACCCGACUCCAUGGGUUAACAGGAGUCAGAGACAUAUCGUGGUCUCCAUCAACUAUCGUCUGACCAUCUUUGGCUUUCCUAAUGCCGCUGGCCUGCCUCCUCAUGAACGUAAUCUGGGCUUCUUGGAUCAGAGACUGGGAUUAGAAUGGGUCCACAAGCACAUCGCAUCUUUCGGCGGAGAUCCCUCACGUCUCACGCACUUUGGCCAGUCUGCGGGUGGGCGCAGCAUUGACAUACAUACUUUCCUGUACCCAGACAAUCCGCUCGUUCGCAACAUAAUAUUGCACUCAGGCACGACUUUGCCUCGAUUGCCAGUGCAUGACCCGGAGCAUACGUAUUUCAGCUUCGUAGCCAAGUCUCUGGGAUUCGAAGGCAAAGAUGCGCAAGCAGAGCUGGAGUUCAUGAGACAGCAGCCGGUUGAGAAGCUGAUCGACUUUAUUGAGAACCAUUUCUACACCAAGACGGCGCCCUUCCUGGCUUUCCGGCCUGUUGUGGACAACUUCACCCUGUUUGAUGACUAUGAGGAGAGAGCCAUCGCAGGAAAGUUCAGCAAGCUGCCUGCCAUCAUCGGGACGAUGAACGAUGAGGGAAACUCUGUCGCGCCUUACAACCCAGACGGCGUCGACGUCGCGGCAUCGGAGAAGAUCACCAAGGGCUAUUUUCUGGGGCCAGCAGUCAAGAUAGCGCGGGUCUCUGAAGGGUGGCAGGAUCUGUAUGUUGCGUUUGCAGAGGAUGGCCCAGAUGGCCUGAGGAAGCUUGGAUGGAAUGACUUGAGCUCGGGCGAGGGCAUUGUGCUCGGGCGUGGAGAGAAGGGGUGGGAGCUGGUAAAGUUAGAGGAGAUCGACAAUUAG